UGGUGAGCGGGAAUCUGCCUCACGAUGAGUUACUGGAGUCUGGAUAAGAAGAGCAGCCUGCAGUACUGCCGGCACUUCCUAGCGGACAACGGCGUGUUCCACGUUGAAAGAUGCAUGAGUGUGAUGCAGUCUGGGACGCAGAUGGUGAAGCUGAAGAGUGGAACCAAGGGGCUGGUCCGUCUCUUCUACCUGGACGAGCACAGGACCUGCAUCCGAUGGAGGCCCUCCCGCAAGAGCGAAAAGGCAAAAAUUGUCAUCGACUCCAUUUACAAAGUCAGCGAGGGCCGGCAGUCGGAGAUCUUCCACCGCCACGCCGAGGGCAGCUUCGAGCCCAGCUGCUGCUUCACCAUUUACCACGGCAGCCACCUGGAGAGCCUGGACCUGAUCACGUCCAACCCCGAGGAGGCUCGCACCUGGGUCACGGGGCUCAAGUACCUCCUGGCCGGGAUCAGCGACGAGGACUCGCUGGCCAAGCGCCAGAGGACGCACGACCACUGGGUGAAGCAGACCUUCGAGGAGGCUGACAAGAACGGGGACGGGCUGCUGAACAUCGAGGAGAUCCACCAGCUGAUGCACAAGCUGAACGUCGGCCUGCCCCGCAGGAAGGUGCGCCAGAUGUUCCAGGAGGCAGACACAGAUGAGAACCAAGGAACCCUGAACUUUGAAGAAUUCUCAGUGUUUUACAAGAUGAUGUCCUUGCGUCGAGAUCUGUACCUGCUGCUCCUAAGCUACAGUGACAAGAAGGAUCAUCUCACGGCUGAGGAGCUGGCCCAGUUUCUGAGGGUGGAACAGAAGAUGAAUAAUGUGACACCAGAAUAUUGUCUGGACAUCAUACAGAAGUUUGAAGUGUCAGAAGAAAACAAGAAGCAAAACGUUCUUGGGAUUGAAGGCUUCACCAGCUUCAUGCGCAGCCCGGCGUGCGAGGUGUCCAACCCGCUGCACCGCCGCGUGCACCAGGACAUGCAGCAGCCCCUGUGCCACUACUUCAUCGCCUCGUCCCACAACACCUACCUGAGCGGGGACCAGCUGCUCUCCCAGUCCCGCGCCGACAUGUACGCGCGCGUGCUGCAGGCCGGCUGCCGCUGCGUCGAAGUGGAUUGCUGGGAUGGCCCAGAUGGGGAGCCAGUGGUGCACCAUGGCUACACCCUGACUUCCAAAAUCCCCUUCCGGGACGUGGCAGAAACCAUCAACAAAUAUGCCUUCAUCAAAAACGAGUUUCCAGUGAUCCUGUCCAUUGAAAACCACUGCAGCAUUCUACAGCAAAAGAAGAUCGCCCAGUACCUGAAGGAGAUAUUUGGUGACAAACUGGACUUGUCAUCUGUGAGCACUGGAGACCCCAGGCAGCUUCCCAGCCCUCAGGAUUUAAAAGGGAAAAUCCUAGUGAAGGGUAAGAAGUUGCCCUGCAGCCUUGGAGCAGAUGCUGAGGAAGGAGAAGUUUCAGAAGAGGACAGUGCUGAUGAAAUUGAGGACGACUGCAAGUUAAAGCCCUGCUUUAGCAAUGGUGCAACUCAGCACCAGGUGGAAUCCUUCAUACGGACAAAACUGGAGUCUCUGCUAAAAGAAUCCCAAAUCAGGGACAAGGAGGAUCCUGACAGCUUCACUGUGAGGGCCCUGCUGAAGGCAACUCACCAGAGCUUCAGUGUGAACAUGAAGCAGAACUUGGACACAAAAGAAGGUGGAAAAAAGUCUCAUGGUCGAUCAUUAAUGGGCAACUUCAGUAAACACAAGAGAGCUGCCAAGGCAGCAGCCAAAGCCCACAGUGCCUCGGACGAUGAGGACGGCCAGCAGCACCCUCCGGGCAAGGAGCUGGGGCAGCCCCACAGGCUGGCCCGCCGCAGGAAGACAGUGAAGCUGUGCCGGGCCCUGUCGGACCUGGUGGUGUACACCAACUCCGUGGCAGCCCAGGACAUCGUGGAUGAUGGCUCCACAGGGAACGUGCUGUCGUUCAGUGAGACCAGAGCCCACCAGGCAGUGCAGCAGAAGGCUGAGCAGUUCAUGCUUUACAACCAGAGGCAGCUGACCCGGGUCUAUCCCUCAGCCUACCGGAUCGACUCCAGCAACUUCAACCCUGUUCCCUACUGGAAUGUGGGCUGCCAGUUAGUGGCCCUAAACUACCAGUCUGAGGGACGUGUGAUGCAGUUAAAUGAAGCAAAAUUCAGGGUAAAUGGCAACUGUGGUUAUGUCCUCAAACCUCAGCAGAUGUGCAAAGGCACGUUCAACCCCUACUCUGCUGAUCCACUUCCUGCCAGUCCUAAGAAGCAGCUGAUUCUGAAGAUCAUCAGUGGGCAGCAGCUCCCCAAGCCCCCUGACUCAAUGCUGGGGGACAGAGGAGAGAUCAUAGAUCCCUUUGUUGAGGUGGAGAUUAUUGGGUUACCUGUUGACUGCUGUAAAGAUCAGACCAGAGUGGUGGAUGACAAUGGGUUCAAUCCUGUGUGGGAGGAGACCCUCACCUUCACCAUCCACAUGCCCGAGAUGGCCCUGGUGCGGUUCCUGGUCUGGGACCACGACCCCAUCGGGAGGGACUUUGUGGGCCAGAGAACUGUGGCCUUCAGCAGCCUCGUGCCUGGCUAUCGCCAUGUGUACUUAGAAGGACUGACAGAAGCUUCCAUAUUUGUUCAUAUAAUCAUUAAUGAGACCUAUGGAAAGUGGAGCCCUUUAAUCCUCAAUCCCAGUUACACAAUAAUGCACUUUCUAGGAGCCACCAAGAGCAAGCAGCUGAUGGGGCUCCGAGGGCUGUUCUCCAAGGCGCCCAAGGCGGGCACGGCCGAGCCCGGCGGGCACCACGCGCGCAAGCGCUCCAUCGGCGAGCGCAUCCUGCGGCGCACGGCCAGCGCCCCGGCCAAGGGCAGGAAGAAGAGCAAGAUGGGCUUCCUGGAGGCUGCUGAGAUGAAGGACAGCGCCUCGGAGCCGGCAGACCUGAAGGACAAGGACGGGGUGCUGCGGCGGCCGAGCCGCCCCUCGCAGGCGCGCCCCGCCUCCAUGCCCGUGGACAGGUUCCUCAUGGUGGAGCUGCCCUGCCCCGCACAGGACACUGCCCAGGAGGCCGAGGGACAGGACAACACAUCUGCCAACAGUGAUGACAAUACAAAUGAGAAGGAAACAAGCUUGAAAGAAUUGGGUUCUCCACGUUCGGAGCAAAAGUCAAAUGCUUCACAUUUAGCAUCUCAGUUCAAGAAGGAGAAUGACCAGAGGGAUUCUACAGCUGACUGUUUAGUACCACCUCCACAGGAGCAACCUGAACAUUUGGUUUUUGCAAAUGGUGUAGCUCAAGCAAAUCAUCUUGUGGAUUACCAGGAGAAUAAUCUUUCUGAUGGAACUGUCCCCCUAACGCAAGACUCUGACUCUGAACUUCCCACAGAAAAAUUACACCACAGAAACUGUGCAGACAGUAAAAAGGAAGAUGACACAAAAGGAUCUAAGGAAGGGAAGAUCAGUCUCAUGGGGACUUCUGUUUCUCAGAGCGCAGAGGUGGGGAAUCACAAAUGUGAGACGAAGAAAAGCACUGCAGCACCUCUUUCCCCUUCUUCUGCCGAGUGCUCUGAGAGCCCUGACUGUCCCUCCACGGCGGCCCUGCAGGACAGUGACAUUUCUCACCUCAUUGAUGAAGUCUCUCUCUCGACUGAGAGCGAGCUGGACAGCGCUGUGUCCACUCUCAUCGGGCAGCUCGAUGGCACAGAUGACCAAACUCCCCUUUCCCCUGUCUCCAGCCCCCAUGGCAGCACCAACCAGACCCCCAGGGUGGGGAAUGCAGUCCCACACGUGUUUGCGGCAGACCUGAGCAGCCCCUGUAGGCACAACUUCACUCCCACAAAAUCCUCUUUAUUCUCCACUCUGGACGCAGCCAUGUUCUCCAGCCUAGAGGAUGCAGAGUAUUCCACAUACACAGUUCUCCACGAGGCAUCUCCACCUUCUGAAUGUAAGAGCCACAGGGCACUAGUUUGCAAGAAAAGAUUAAAUAAUCUAGAAGGUAACUUGCCCAGCUCUUCUUGCUCUUCAUCCCUCUCUUUGCUAAACGCAAAUCCCAAAAGGAACUGUGCUACAAGAUCUGGACCAAGCUGGGAAGCCCCCGAGCCUGCCAGCUCCUUUGGGUCCAACAGCCUCAUCUUUGAGGAGCCGCUGGGGCGCCCUGUCCCUGGGGAGCACUCGGCCAGCAGCAGCCUGCUGGAGCUGGAUGGGGACUGCCAGGAGCUCCUGGUGACCGCCCGUGAGUACCGACGCGAGGACAUGAGCCAGCUGGCCUCGCCCGUGAGCCUCAGGCAGAGGCAGGAGCCCGGCUCCACCGGGCACGGCGGUGACAGGACCUCGGGGAGCAGCUCCACCGCUGCGCCCUGUGCCGCUGCCCGGCCCUGCUCCAGGACCUGCGGGGCUGCAGGGAGCCAGCCGGCUGUCCCCGCGUGUGAGAGCGCUGGGGUUCCGUGGCAGCAGCCCUCGGAGAAGCACAGGGCUGCCGUGUGCGCCCCCCAGGCCGGCUCAGCCUUUCCCCUGUGCCCCGGCGCUCUGCCGUUCCCCGCACACCCGGCCAUCCAGCAGAGCAGCCCCUGCAAGUCCAAGAGCCUGGGAGACCUGACCUCGGAGGACAUCUCUUGCAACUUCGAGAGUAAGUAUCAGUACAUCAGCAGGAGCUUCAUCUCCUCGGGCCUGAGGGACGGGAAGCUGGCCGCCAUGCAGGGCGUGAGGCCGCACUCGACGGACGCGCUGACGGAGCAGCUGCGGAGGCUGCUGUCCCCGGAGCAGGAGGACGGCCGGGAGCCGCCGUGCCCCAGGCAGCCGGACGAGGACUGCCCGCGGGCCCUGGUGAGGAAGCUGUCGUCCCGCAGCCAGAGCCGGGUGCGGAACAUCGCCAGCCGCGCCCGGGAGCGGCAGGAGGCGGCGGGCAAGCCGCGGCCGUGCGGGGGCGGCGCCGUGCCCGGGGUGGUGCUGCGGAGCAAGGCCCCGGGGCCGCCGCUGGCCGCCAACCGGCACUCCACGGGCUCCUGCAUCGGCCGCUACCUGCGCGGCUGCCCCGGCGAGCGGCGCGGCGUGCCCGAGGGAGCCUGCUCUGCUCUGCGGCAGCUCGGCUGCGGGGAGCUGCCGUUCGCCUGCGGGGAGCUGCGGCAGCACGGCUGCGGGGAGCUGCCGCUGCCUCCCGGCGCCCAGGAGCAGCCCGAGAUCUAUUUCCUGCUCCGGCUCUAGGCACGGCCCGGCGCGGCCUGCUGCUCUGCAGCGCACAGGAGCUGCUUGGAGCUU